CCUCACUAUAAAUAAGCCCAUUAAUUUGUCCCAAGCAAAGCAAGCUCCUUGUGCCCACUUCUAGCUAGCUUCCAAGUUCCAACCAAUUAACAAAAUAACCAACAACACAUAUUACACAACUAAAUCUCUCUUGUGCUUUGCUUGUUCCCUCCUAUGUAGCAUUAGCUUCAUCCAUUAGUAAAAUUAAUAUCAUUACUCACUACUCACUCUAGUUAAGGUUAGCUAUCUAUAGUUAGAGGAAUUAAACCCUAAUUACUAUAGCUUUGUCUUCUUCUUCUUCUUCUUCUUCCCCUAGCUUAAUUACCAUGAGGAAUGAAGUACUCUCCACCAUUUUCUUGCUCCUCAUCUUCUUCACCACAACCAUAAACCCUAGCUCUUCACAGCUUCCAUGGCUCUUCUCUCUCUUGUAUCUCUCUCUGGCCAUGGCGGUCGUCGCCUUGCCGCCGCUUCUUGCGAAACGCCAUGGACAUGCACGCCGGGUUAAUGGCGGCGGCGCUGCCAUUCCCGGGCCGCGGGGGUGGCCGCUGCUGGGGUCGCUCCCGGUGGUGUCCGGUCCGCUCAUGCACCGCCGCCUCGCCGCGCUGGCCGACGCGCACGGCGGCGGCGCGCGGCGCCUGAUGUCGCUGACGCUCGGCGCGACGCCCGUGGUGGUGAGCAGCCACCCGGACACGGUGCGGGAGAUCCUCGCCGGCGCCGCGUUCCGCGACCGUCCCGCCAGGGCCGCGGCGCGGGAGCUCAUGUUCCUCCGCGCCGUCGGCUUCGCCCCGGCCUCCGGAGACGACGGCGGCGCCUACUGGCGCCGCCUCCGCCGCGCCGCGGGCGCGGGCAUGCUCUCCCCGCGCCGCGCCGCCGCGCUCGCCGCGCUGCGCGCCCGCGUCGCGCGCCGCACGUCCGAGGCCGUGUCCCGCGGCAUGGCCGUGCCGCCCGGCCGCGUCGCCAUGCGCGCCCUCCUCCACGCCGCCUCCCUCGACAACAUGGUUGGCAGCGUGCUAGGGCUCGAACACCAUGACCACCAUGGCGGCGUCAUCAGCGACAUGGGUGACAUGGUGAGGGAAGGGUACGAGCUGGUUGGCAAGUUCAACCUAGGAGACUACUACAGUACUACACAGUACCAGUGCCUGUGGGGGUUGCUGGAUUUCCAUGGGGUGGGGCCCAGGUGUCAGAGGCUGGCAGCUAGGGUUAGGGAGCAGUUUGGGAGGGUGAUGGAGGAGAGGAGGAAGGUGAGUGACCUGCACAAGAGGGAUGAUCUUCUUAGCUACAUGCUCUCCAUGCCACAGGAGGAGAGGAUUGAGGACUCUGAUGUCAUUGCUGUCCUCUGGGAGAUGAUCUUUCGUGGGACAGAUGUAGUUGCAAUACUCCUGGAAUGGGCCAUGGCCCGGAUGGUACUCCACCCAGACAUCCAGUCCAAGGUGCAAGAAGAACUAGAUAGGGCGGUGGGCCACCGGCCCAUGACCGACUCGGACAUCCCCAACCUUCGCUUCCUCCAUUGUGUCAUCAAGGAAACCCUCCGCAUGCACCCGCCUGGCCCACUUCUCUCAUGGGCCCGCUUGGCGGUGCAUGAUACCUAUGUGGGCAAGCACCUAGUACCCGCAGGGACUACGGCAAUGGUGAAUAUGUGGGCCAUAUCCCAUGAUGAGACGAUAUGGGGUGACCCAUGGGUGUUUCGACCCGAAAGGUUUAUGGAAGAGGAUAUCAAUGUGUUGGGAUCAGAUUUAAGGUUGGCACCGUUUGGAUCAGGUCGUCGGGUGUGCCCUGGACGGAUGAUGGGUCUCUCCACUGCCUAUCUAUGGUUUGGCCGGAUGUUGCAAGAGUAUAAGUGGGCAGCGGCUCAGCCGGUUAAACUUACGGAGUGCCUCCGUCUUUCUAUGGAGAUGAAGAAACCUUUGGUUUGUCAUGCAGUUCCUCGUAGCAAAACUGGCUAAGCUAGCCAAGCUUGUAUCAUAUAGGUGGUGUUAAAAGAGAACUUAAAUGGUUUGUAUGUAAAUUAGGCAAAUAUACUUAGAUGGUAUCACUAUGUGAAGCCAUGUUUUUGACUUGAUGAAGUUGUCAAGUAGACAUGGAGAAUUAGAAGAUACGCAGGCGUAGGGCUGACUAAUUUAUUCCAUGCAAUCAGCCCUGUAUGAAUUAUUAUAAUAUGUUACUAAAAUUUGUACUUGAGUUGCUAUAGCAUUUCUGCUUGUUAAGGUUUUA